UCUCCCUCUCCCUCCGACGGACCGCCGCCGCCCCAAACCCUCAACGGCGACGACCCCAACCUCCUCUCCUCUCCUCGAGGCCCCGGAUCAAGCUAGCGAUGCGGCGGCCGAAGCGGAUUGGCAGCCAUGCCCACGCCGAUCUGGAAGGCACGGCGUCAAUCCGGAGUGAGGGAUUUGGCGGCCCUCCUCUCUCCCCACGACGGACCGGACCUCACCGGCGGGGUCCUGGCCAGCAGCCGGUCGGUGCUGUGCACAACCUCUUGUCUUGUCUUGUCUUCUCCGGCGUGGGCGUGGUCACCUCACUGCCUGCUCGACAUGAGGAGAGAGGCCCGGCUGCUCCUUGCUCCUCCGACGCCCUCCAUGUACAGAGCUGGCUCGCCGCCGUUCGUUUGGUCACGACCUUUCAAUCCCGAGGGAUUUGGCAGCCAUGGUGAUGGUGGGUCGCCUCGCCGGACCGGACCUGACCUGACCUCACCGGCGGGGCGACCGUGUGUGGUGCUCCUCGCCGUCGACCUCAAGGCAGGUGCUGCUCGUCUCCAAGCAGGCCACUCGGCGUCUCCAAGGAGGAGCUCGCGCAGGUCGCCAUGGCCGACAGCAGGGAGGCCGAGCGCCGUGCCACGGUCCUCGCGCAGCAGUGGUUCCGUCCCAAGAUAUGGUAUAGCAAUGUUCCUCAUACAAAGCUGGUGGAGUACAAGGGGCACCAGAACUGGGGUUAAUGUCUCCAGGUGAAUCGGAUGUUCCUCAUACAAAGCUGGUGGAGUACAAGGGGCACCAGAACUGGGUUAAUGUCUCCAGGUGAAUCGGAUGUUCCUCAUACAAAGCUGGUGGAGUACAAGGGGCACCAGAUAUGGAUAACAUUCACCCCGACUGUGCAGCAUUGCAGUAUGGCUACGGUGACUGGCCUGUGCCUCAGGCUUAAGUUGAUGCAAAACCCGCGCGACUACACCACUGGUCGUUGACCUGCCCCGCAGCAGGCAGACCCUCGACAUCAUUGUCGUCACGCCAGGCUGAAUACAUGCAUGUGGACACAGCCACGGCCACAGCUCCCCGGCAACCAAGACGGUGACAGCAUCGACGGGAUCCUCGGACGACCUGCGUCCUUCUGCCUGUGUCCUUCCCCAACCAUGCCCAUGACCUGCAUCCAGCUGCUCCUGCCCCGGCCCUCCUCAACUUCGCUCCUGGUGAGCUGCUGUAGGUGAGACAAUUGACUCGAUCUGUUGCUACUGGUAGAACUGCUGCUGUAGUUUGGGUGUAGCCACAACUGCUGUAGGUUGGGUGUAUAGGAGGCUGACUGUAUAGUUUGGUUCAAGCUGCUGUUUUGCUGUGCUCGAUGAUACUAUUGCUGCCUGUAUACUGAUACAUGUGGUGAUAUUUACCUGAACUGAAGUUGUGAAUGUACCAUUAUUUUCCUGCUACUACUUAUCCCUGGCUCACCUGCUCUAGUUGGUUUCAAUUGAUAUUUUUCUCAUCCAGCACUCUGACUAUAAAUGUGUUGUUUUAAUCUUGAUGAUGAUGUUGUAGUAUAAGGUGGCAUAUUCCUCUUUUAAUCCAAAAUGAAUAAUUUUGUUUCAUCAUGUACUGGUUUACCCAAGUCAGAUUGUUUUUGGUUUGUACUUUGGACCCUAUGUGUUUCUCACAUGAACUAGUGUUGUUAUAACAUGAACUGUAGUAGGUUGAUGCUAUCUAACUGUGAUCAUUGCAUGGAGGAACCACUAUUUGGCCCUUCCUCAUUUAAUCAUUUUUAUGGCACAUAUGCAUGCUACGUGUUGGCUGACUUGGCGUGUUGGCUGACUUGGCAUGACGUGCACGAAAACUUGAGGGCAUCCAUACUAAAUAACACUUCUUAAUUUUCAUGCAGACUUGCUCUAGCUCUUCUUAACUUUCAUGCAUGUUUCUUUCCAGACAUGAUCUUACUACUAAAUAGCACCCCAUCACCUGUUAUUGUUGUUGUUGUUGUUGUUGUUGUAUAUUCACCCUAUCCUUGUUGUUCUGUUUUCUUAU